AUGGGCCGCAACGCUUGCGCAAAUCUUCUGGCUCAGAAGAUGAAUUCUUUGCUUGACCCAAAAUCAGCAGAUUUGGAAACCGAACCGUCUGGACAACGGAUGGAGGAGCAUAUAAUCCUUGAGGAUCAAAUAGAAGUGGAUGAAAUGAGCGCAAUGAGCGAGGAUCUAUGGGAAGAUAUUGCACAUGACGCGGGCCCUACCGCGGGGGGUGCUGCGGGGCCCGCCGCGGGGCCCGCCGCAUGGCUGGGUGUUGGGGCUGGAAUGCCGCCAUUUAUCCCUGAAAUUCUUGCGCGACCACAUGCUUUGCAGAGGAAGCCACGUGCUAUGCAGGCCUCUUCUGUGUGGAUCAAUCUCAUCCCUGAUCUUGCCAUCUCUCUGCUGGCAUUUCGGAAAUCAUCCUUUGCAUGUCCACCCGCAUCACUCGCUGAAACCAUUCAUCAAAAUUGUGAAAAUCCUGCCUGUACCCCAACUAAAAUUCGUGUCCUAUGUCUCCACAUCUCAUUCAAUACAUUGGAGAUAUACCAGGCAUUGUUUCAACGCUCCUGCAUCGCCAUUCAAGCAUUCACAAACGCUCUAACAACCCUCUACAAUACCAGAGGAUUUGAGCUGAUGUCCAAAACCUUUGAUGGUGAACAUGCUGCUGAUCCUCUUCGACAAGCCUUAUCCCAGGCAGUGCAUGUGUACAGCAGCAUUCAACAGCAUAUCCGAAAAAUGGUCAAUGAUGCCUUGGCCAAAGAGUAUUGCCGUAGCAGCACCGGAUCAUCUCCAAGAGACUCCAUAGCUUCUACCUGUGAAAUUUCCCCUGCACAUGCUGAGCCACAUCCAUCAGUCUCAAUCACAGGACCUUGCGAGGUGUCCAUGCUUGGUGCACCCCCCGCCGCACCCCCCGUCGCACCCCCCGCUGGGUCCCCCCCUGCACCCCCCACCGCGUCCCCCGCCACACCCCCCGCGUCAUUUACCCCUGCCAACCACACCAUCAAAUCUGAUGAUCAACUCUUGCUGGUCCCUGGAUCUGCAAAUCGGGUUCUACAGAGCCGCGGUGGGGAUGUCCAAUUUGGUGCUGAUGGUUGCUUCAACUAUCGUCAUCUCCGAGCUGCUGGCAACGGACCAUCCUUGUUCAGUCAGGAGUACUUCCUGACACCUGAAGAGGUUUACAAGGUCAAAGAGACUGUGCUUUUGGCGAGGAAAUCUCCAAAGCCUCUCAAAGAGUCUCUAAUUUCAGCUGAUAUUGUGGAUGCCUGUGGAGAGUCAUGGACUGCUGCAAAUGAGCACAAACAAAAGGGGGAUCCAAAGUGCUAUGAUUCUACUGGCAUCUUUGCACUGACAUGUCAUCACUCACAAGUCCUGUUCAUGUGUGAUAUAGACACUCCAGGAGAGCAGCAGCACUACAUAAUUGCGCUCUUGGAGAAGGUGGCCUCACUCCUGCCAUCCAAUGCAACCAUUACGCAAUGUUAUGAUAUUGGUUGUGUUCUUGACCGGAGUAACAAUUUGUUCCCCAUCCUUUCUGCCCAUUUGCGAUCUCGCGUAUCAUUCUCUCUAAAUGCGAUGCAUGCAUUUGGACAUCAAUGGGCCUGCCAAUUGGUCUACAACUCACGCAUGAAGUUGGGCCCCCCUGUUCGAGUCCAAUGUGAGCUCAGCAAGAUAGUCAGCCUUCAAAAUCAAAUUGAAGAUAUUGAUGACACUCUGGAGCAACUCCAAAAGACUGUUGAAGAUAGACAGAGCUCGGAGUCAGCACAUAUUGCGAUCCAGGAUCUGCAAUCCACUCAUGUCAAGCUCAGUCAACAAGCUGAGCAUCUGUUCACUUCACUCAACCUGGAGACUCAUUAUCCAGAGCUGGCUGGACUUCCCUUUGAAUUUGUGCAGAUCCUGCUGCUGAUGAGGGACCUCAAGAUUCAGAUUCGCAAACAAGCAAUUGGGACAUUUUUGGAAUGGGAGAAUUUAGACCGUGCUGUCCAAGGACAAUGGGAGCCACUGGAUCACAUUCUGCAACAUGAGCUGGAGCAAGAAAUCAACUUUCUUCAACGUGUUGCAUCAAGAUGGCGCCGUCAAUUGCAAAUUCCUCAACCUCGGCUGCUGGCUAUGGACCCGACACUCUCUGUCAGCUCCCACAAUUUCACCCCCGCCGCAGCCCCCGCUGCAGCCCCUGCCGCGACCCCCGCUGCGCCUCUGAACCCAGAACCCACAAUUGAAGAACACACAAACCAGGUGGAAGCUGAUCCUCUUGAAGAUGACAUGAAUCAGUCUCUAUGGGUUGAUUCUGAGGACAUUUCCAUUGAUGAGGUUGCAGCCUGUCCCUCAGACUCAGAAGAGGCUCUUGCCGUAUCAGAUAUGAUGGAAACAGAUGAUGACAAAGACACAGCAACACUUGAACAUGACAAUUGCCAUGUCAGAAUAUCCUGGGCUUCAUUCACAAAGUCUCGAUCCACUUGUGACAACAAUCUCCUGAGAGAUCUCACAGCACAUGUUGCCAAAUUUUCCGUGAUACGUGAUCUCCAAACUCGUGUGGUUGUCCUCCCUGGAAACCUGCCCGCUGUUGCAGUCUAUCAAAGUGAUUUAGCACUACUCACAGGAUCAACAGCCCGAUUAAAUGGACACAUCCUCAACAGUGUGUCAGCAGCCAUUCUCUCAUGGUGCAUGCAACCCUUCUCGCUGCAUGCCCUGUCUGCACAGAGAUGCGCCCUUCUUUCCACGUAUGAUCUACAUCGAGUCCGUUUCAAUGCUCCUGAUAAGGUUAUCUGGAAAAAUCUGGCCCCUACAGAGUAUUGGAAUAAGUCAAUCUGGAUUAUUCCAGUCCACCGGCAAGCCCAGGAACACUGGGCUCUUGUCAUUGUCCUGGUACAUGAGCAAAAGCUCCUCCUCUUCGACAGCUUGGCUUAG